GGCGGCCAGCUUGGGAGUGGGCCCGGGGCGGCCAGCCGUGGCCGUGGGAGUGGCCCUGGGGGGGCCCGGUUGUGGCCAUGGGAGUGGGCCCAGCGUCCGAGGGACACAGCACGGGCCGGUGCUGACCUGCACUACAGGAGGGAGUGUCCUCCUCAGGAAGUUCCUUCCAUGACUCAUUAGUCUAAGCCAGGAGCCCCCUUGUCUCUCAUGAGCCCCUGUCAGACUUAGCCGUUAAGCUUCCCGAGCACGGGGACACCAGGAGGGCACAAAGCGAGGGCUGCUGUGGGGAGUCCUCUGGGGGAGGGGCCCUGGGCACCCCCAGCUGCAGGUGAACCCGGGCCCAUGGCUGCUCCUUUGUGCUCGGGAGCCCCAGAGGAGGGGGCUUCACUGGCUGGGCCGUUACUCUUCCCACAGCCUCCCUGGGCCAGUCCCAGCCGGGCCCCUUGUCUGCGGGUGGGCCAGUGUCAGGGGCCUCAGACCUUUGGGAGCCUCGGGAACAGGCCGUUUCCUGAGAGGGAUACGGAGACAGGCAGCGGGCAAGCAGAUGGACAGACGGACGGGCAGAGAUAGACGGGCCGCAGAUAAGUGGGCAGAGAGACAGGCGAGCGGACAGAAAUGUCUGUCUAGGCAGAGAGAUUCAGGUACAUGUGGACAGGCAGACAAAUGGGCAGAUGGACAGACAGGAAGACAGAGAAAUGGACAGGGAGGUGGGCAGCUAGAGAGACACAUAGAGGCAGAAAAUGGGUAGACACACAGACAGGCAGACACAUAGACAGGUGGGUCCUCGGGCAGACACACAGACAAACAGGCAGGUGGGUCUUGGGCCCUUUAAAUGGGUCCCUAGCAUCCUGCCUCUGGCCUGCACUGGGGGGGAGGGGGGUAGCUCAUCUCUGUGGAAGGGCUGAACCACGCACUGGCACAGAUGUGAGUGGCGGCCGUGAGCUCUCCCUGACACCCCGGCUCCGCCCCCUGCCCUUGCCCGCGCCCCUGCUGCCCAGGGGAGGCCCCGGCCCCUGCCAGGCUCUGCGGGGCUCCCGGAGCCCAUUGUGGGCCGCUGGACGUCCCCUGGAGACGUGCCCUGGCUUCCUGUCAGGGUGUUUGCUCUAACAUUAGCUCUCCAUAACCCACAGCUGCCCGCCCUCCUGUCAGUUAUACUGUGAGGGGCUGCUCUGCUUUUCUAGCCCCUUCCCCUCCCUCUCCCCAAGGUUGGGGCCAUCAGGCUUUGGGGGCAGCCACGGGAAGGAGCUCGGGGCUGUCAGAGACCGUGGGGCCCAACCCUGACUCCUCCAGGCCCUCAGCCAGUCACCUCCUGGGGGCUCCCAGUGUGGAAUGACACGGUCCCAGUUCCAGGGGCUCCCGUCUAAGGGGGAGGAUUGGACUUGGGGCCUCCCCUGACUCCUUCCCGGCCAGGGGGCUGGUGGGAUGUGGCUGCCUGGGGGCCACGGGCUGUGCCGGAUCCUGCAGAAGCCCCUCUCUGGGUGCCCCCGCCCAGGGCUCUGGGGAUGGGGGAGGGGGUUCAGGGAACCCCCUCCCCUGAAGCCAGCCCCGGGCCAUGGCAGGGAUGAUGGGGGGGGCAGCGCCCCCUAACAUUAAGAAGCUCCGGGAACCCAGCUGGGCUGGAGGGGCCGAGGUCAAGGGUCAGCCUCCCAUGUUACCCUAGGGGGGGCAACAGCAGGGAGUGCUGUGGCCCCGUCACUCUCCGGCCAUGGGAGAGCAGGGCCCGGCCUUCCUGGAGGUUCCCUCCCCUCCGCACCCAUCACAGGCACAUCACAGUGACCGGUUCCUGGCAGGAGGGAGGCUCAGACUGAGCCAGGGCCUCUGAGGCGUGAGAAGCCUCCCUGAGGCCACCCCUCCCCCUCCCCCCAUCCUUCUCUGCUGGGGACGCCCUCGGCCAACAGGCAGCUCAGCCCCUCCUGCCCCCUGAGCAUCCCGGCUUCUCCUGGAUGAGGCAGCUUUGUCCUGGGCCAAGCGUCCCUGGGUGCCUGGGCUGUGCUCCGGCGACGGCGUCAUUCUGGGUCUGGGGGCGCCACCUCUGGGCCUGCCCGGGCAUUGAAGGACCCCUCCUAAAGGUCUGCCAGGCCCCGAGCCCCUCCCGGGGCUGAUGUCCCCAAAGCAGCGAGAGCCCAACGUGAAAGCCUCAAGGGUGACCGUGUGUGCGCUCAGGGCAGGCUGCAGCACCCCCACCCCUCUGUGGGUCCGCGAUGUCCCCUCAUGUCGUACCCUCUGUUCCCAGAAGCUCGCGGCUGAACGAGAAAACAUGGAGGAAAAUCUGGAGCCGUCCCUCGCUGCACCAAGGAGCUAUGAAGGAGAAGAUGAAAUUGUGCAGAGCGCCCUGAGGAGGAGGAAGGACCUUCUGCACAAGCUGAGGGAACAGCACCUUCUGGAAGAGCUCGCCGGGCCCUAUCCCUGGGGAGGGAGCCCCAGGAGGAGCUACCGGGCGGAGGGGCCCCCGGCCCCCAUCUACUCAUCGCAACCGGAGCAGCCCAGGAUCAUCCAGCAGACGGUGCCCCAGCCACCGGCCACCAUCAUCCAGCAGCUGCCGCAGCCGCCCCUCAUCACCCAGAUCCCCCCAGCCCCGGCCUACGCGGGCCCAAGGUCAGGAAGCAUCAAGGAGGACAUGGUGGAGAUGAUGCUGAUGCAGAACGCGCAGAUGCACCAGAUCAUUAUGCAGAACAUGAUGCUGAAGGUCCUCCCGCCCGUGACCCCGGAUGCCGGCCCGCCUUGGCUCCGGCCCGCUCAGCAGGAGCCCCAGUGUCUGCUGCGCGCUGAAAAGCCCAGGACUUCCUCUGUCCACCAUCACCACCAUUAUGGCCCCCCGGGCCUGCCGGCUCUCCCCGCCCCCGGGCCCCCAGUGGGCUACCCCCUGUGGCCCUCGCUGCUUCCGGCCCCGGCCGUGACCCAGGCUCCGGGCCCCCAGCCCGUGAUCCGGCACAUGAUGGGGCCCACCACCACCGUGCCCGCCCUCAACACGGUGGCCUCCAGCGGAGCCCUCCCGGGCCUGCCCCCAGGCUUGUGAGCCCCCUGGUCCCCAACGCCGGUCCCUCUGAAGCUGCCAGGAGCUGGAGAAGGCCCGGGGGGACCACGAGUCAUAAGUGCCGCCCCCAGAGGGGGAGCCCGGGCAGGGCAGCCGGGCAGCAAGUCUGGCCGGCUCUGGAGAGAACGUGCCUCCUGCCAGGCGGGCCGAGAAUAAAUCGUGGCCGGCCGUCAGACUGCGUCCUUGUGCUUUGUGUCCCUGCCCCCGCCCCGCGCCGGGCCAUGGGGGCCUUUCCUCGGCCUCCUUCCUUCCCCCGGCUGAGGGAGCACAGCCUAGGGAGGCGGCCCCGGGAGCCAGCCGGACCUGCUGCGCCCUCCCCCAGAUGGGAGGCCCGGGGGUGGGGGUGGGGCUGACUGGGGAGCCAGAGGGGCCUCCAGGCCAGGGAGCCCCCUCCCCCAGACGCUGAGCCCCCGGGGAGGGGCCGGGGCCGGGCACCCUUGGCACGAGUCACCGACGCCCAGAAGCAGAGCUUCUCCAGCUCGCUCCAGUUCUGUGGACCCUCCGUAGCGGGCCAGAACAAGGGCCUGACCUCGGGGAGGAAGGGGGGUCUCAGCGGCUGUUCCUAUGCUGACCGCGCCUGGAGGGGCCCCCCCAUCCCUGGGUCUGGCCAUGGGGGCAGCUCACCCCUAGCGCCCUCUAGUGGCUUUAAUGCACAUUUCCUUUUGCCCUCCCCUCCGUAGCUGGAUUUGGGGACUAUUUGUGCUGGGACACAACCAUUGCGGGCGGGGGGUGGGGGUGGGGGUUCCAGGGCCAGCUCAGAGGCAGCAGGGGGCGGGGCGGGGCAGAGGGAGGGAUGGGGGGCUCAGCCCGGAGGUCAGUGUGGCUGAUUUUAAACACACACAUUGAUAACUGCUUGUCCGUGUCCUCUGGACAAAGCAUGCUGGGAAGUCGGGGAGGUCACUCGUCCUCGGGGCACAAGGGAGUGUUUCAGGAAAGUGUCCCGGGGAGACCGGCCUGCGAGUUGGUCCUUGGUAGUGGGGGCCCUGAUGGGGGGGAGGGCCCUGAUGGGGGGGAGGCGCUGUAGAAACUGCCGACUCGAGCUCGGGGAACCCCCGCUCCCUAUGGGCCCAGGUGCGGCCGUGGAGCCUCCUGCUGUGGCGGCGGAGGGCAGCUGGCAGGGGCUCCCGGGGGCUGAUCCUCGGGGCUCUCGGGCCGGACACUUCUCGGGCCGUCCCUUUGCUGCCAG